AGCAGGCAGUGAGUCCAGCCUCUCCACCAAAAAUUAGAACCAAUGAAGAAUCCAGCUGUGGGAUGGGUUGAAAUUUAACUAUCUGUUUGGCUCCCCACACCAUCACCACCACCAAAUCGGUGUGCCCCUGGGUGAUCAGAAUAGUUCAUAAACAGAACUGGGCUUAUUGAAGUCCGAUCACUCAUAGCAUAUUAUUCCAGCUUUGCGCUGGGAGAGCACUCGUUCCUCUGGCUAUAUAGACCCUGCAGGAGGCCUUGGUGCUGGUCCAAAAUGGUCUUUCUGACCAACCUGAAGGUAACGAAUGUCACACAUUUCAGCAAGCAGCUGACAACUCUCUGGGGGCAGCAGCAGCAGCAGCAUCUGAUACCAGCCAGAGCAUGCAGCUUGGCCACUUGUACUUAUAAAAACAGAUACGCUUCAUUACAUCCGCUGUGGCAGAGCCCAAUUACAAUUCCGGGGGGCAGUCGGCAGUCUCCAAUCAAUAUCCAGUGGAGAGACAGCGUCUAUGACCCCCAUCUUAAACCCCUUGAAAUACGCUACGAUCCAGCCACUUGCCUCCAUAUGUGGAACAAUGGAUACUCAUUCCUGGUUGAGUUUGAGGAUACCACAGACAAAUCAAUUAUUACAGGAGGCCCCUUAGAAAACAACUACCGGCUGAAGCAGUUCCACUUUCACUGGGGGGCCAUAAAUGAAUGGGGCUCGGAGCACACGAUUGACUGUAAGGUCUUCCCAGCAGAGCUGCAUUUGGUACACUGGAAUUCUUGCAAAUAUGAAAGUUUUGAAGAAGCUUUGAUGGAAGAAAAUGGUUUGGCUGUGAUUGGAGUCUUUUUGAAGCUUGGAGCCAAUCACAGUGGGCUUCAGAAGUUAGUAGAUGCCUUGCCAUCAAUUAAACACAAGGAUGAUCUCGUUGAGUUUGAUGAAUUUGACCCGUCCUGCUUGUUGCCAUCAUGCCCUGAUUAUUGGACUUACGCAGGAUCUCUCACCACCCCGCCGCUUUCAGAGUCCGUCACCUGGAUCAUCAAGAAAAAGGCGAUAGAGGUUGAUGAUGAUCAGCUUGAGGUGUUUCGGAUGUUGCUCUUCACCCCUGCGGGAGAAGAAGAGCAAAGGAUGGUGGACAAUUUCCGUCCACUUCAGCCAAUAAUGGAUCGUACCGUCCGUUCCUCUUUCCUAAUCCAGCAACGACGGAACAUUGAAACAAGAUCAGACGAACAGAUACACCAUGCCCAGCAGCAAACGCCCCAGGCGGAGCACGUGCGCCUUUAAGGAGAGGGGGAAAUAUAUAUAUAUACAAUGUUUAUUAGCACUUUAUAUGUUUAGAAUAUAUCUUGAUGCAAGGUCACUUACUUUAAAGGGUAUUGGGUUUGUUUUGGUGUCCUUUCCUCUUCUAAUGAGCUGCUUUUUCUGUAGCACAAUAACCUGCUUUAACUUAAACCCCUCCUACAAAUAGCCAUUUAGAGUAUGCAUCAAGUAGAAUUCCAAGCUUCGUCAUCAAGGCUUCUCUAUUGCUCUCUCU